AUGGGGGACAAUUUGACUGAAGAGGAAAUUAUGAGGCUGCUCGAAGAAUCUGGAUCUGAAAUUGACGAUGAGGGGUUUGAAACUGAAAAUAGUUCUCAAAUAGAUGGUGAAAAAGACAACAGUGCAGAUUCAGUGGUGCCUCGUUUGUGCAACAGUUAUGUACGUAAGGGUCAUACACUGUUCAUGGACCAGUUUUAUAUUUCUGUAAAAUUAUUUGAAAGAUUGUUUGAUGAGGGCGCAUCUGCUGUUGGCACAGUAAUGAGUAACAGAAGAGACUUACCACAGGAAUUCAAACAGAAUAAGCUAAGAAGAGCUGAAAUAGCAUUCAAGAGAACAAAUUCCAUACUAGCACUUCACUGGAAAGAUACUGGGGAUGUGUUUGCCCUUUCUACCAAACAUAGAAUGACAAGUAGUUUUACAAAGACAAAGUCCGUGGCUGGAAUGAUAGAAAAACUGAAGCCCGAUCUCAUACUUGAUUGUAACGAAAAUGAAACUGGUGUUGAUCACGGAGAUCAGCAAGUGACCUACUACUAUAUUCAACAACGAACGAUGAAAUAG